GUAUCUAUUGGCAGAAAUGGAAUUUAAUAUUCAUAACUAUGUUUUCAUUAGUGUAUAAUCACUAGGAAUUGUGAGGGAGUCCGGCAUCUUUCUCUAGUAGCCCAGAACGGGCAAAGCAAACACUAGUUUUAGGGAGACCGUAGUUGUCCAACACACUUGGUAACGUGAGCUGCUGAUUGCAAAACCGUGGUACCGCCAGCCGCAAGCAUCUCUUAUUUGCUCUGUUAACGUUUGUAUUUGCUGUAUCUUAAGAUGCUGAAAUGGACACUUUCCUCUGUUCCUUUCACUCUGGUUUUCACAUAGCAGAAGGGCACACCGAUGAAAGGACUGCAGGUCACCAGUCCUCUCCCCUCGUAUCCCACAGAGCCUGUGGUGCCCCCACAGGGCAAAAAAGGCACAUCGGCUUUAUCGGCCUUACUGGAGAUGGAGCAGAACCAAAAGUCUCUGGAGGAGCAGCAGCAGGCGAAGCCAUCAACAGCCGUCAGUGAACCCUCAAGCAUUGCCACAGCUCCCACAUAUGUGGACAGCCCCCGCAAGGAUGCUGCCUUUAUUUUGGAUUUUAUACGUAGCCCUCGCUCCUCCUACAUCUAUCACUCUCAGUUGCCUGCUGAAGCCAGCGAGGUUGCAGAUAAAGGAGUCCAGCCAGCAGUGACAGCUGUAGCAGCACAGCCUGCAGGAGAGACUGCAGCCAGCAGCAGCACCUCAGACACCAGUGGGCAGUCUGCAGCGGGAGCCCUUUCUCUGUCCUCUUCCUCAACACUCAUGGAGAUCCUGGAGGCCAUCAAACAUCCCACGACAGGUGUACAGCUGCUGCCGGAGCAGAAAGGCCUUCCACUCAACUGCUUUAUUAGCGCAGAGGUCGUUCAUUGGCUGGUCAACAAUGUGGAGGGCGUGGCCACACAGGCGAUGGCUGUGGAUAUCAUGCAGAAAAUGCUGGAUGAAGGUGUGGUGGCCCACGCUUCUGGAGAUGCCAUGCGCACCUUCGUCUACGGAUUCUACUUCUACAGGAUCGUGGGAGAGAAGGAUGUCCUCUCUUCUGCAGGCCCGACCUCCCAGCUUCCCUCCAUGGCGGCUGGGGGCUGGUCUGCUGCAGCCCUGGAGGACUUUGCUCUGUUCCAGAGGAAGUGGUUCGAGGUGGCCUUUGUGCUGGAGGAGCGGCGACCCUGCGACCUCCCUGCCUUCCUACUGCCCUGGCUGCCCAGCCGGCCGGCCUCCUACGCAAGUAGGCACAGCUCCUUCAGCCGCAGCUUUGGAGGACGCAGCCAGGCCGCCGCACUGCUAGCUGCUACGGUCCCGGAGCAGAAGACGGUCACUCUGGAUGUGGACGUUAACAACCGCAGUGACCGAACCGAAUGGUGCAGCUGUUAUUACCACGGAAACUUCUCACUCAACUCUGCCUUUGAGAUCAAGCUGCACUGGAUGGCCGUCACUGCUGCAGUGCUUUUUGAGAUGGUUCAAGGGUGGCACAGGAAAGCGGCCUCCUGCGGCUUCCUGUUGGUCCCUGUGCUGGAGGUUCCCUUCGCAAUGACGUCGUACCUGUAUGGAGAUCCACUGAGAGCCCAGCUCUUCAUCCCUCUGAACAUCCACUGUCUGCUAAAGAACGCCGGCGACAACCUGUUUGAAGGUUUUGAACCUGAGACGUACUGGGACAGGAUGCAGCUCUUUCAGGAGGCCAUACUCUACAGAUUUGGCUUCGUGCACGACAAGGUUUCUGCUUCUGCUUUUAAUUUCCCCUCUGAGAACAAGCCCCAGUACAUCCACGUAACAGGCACCGUGUUCCUGCAGCUGCCGUACUCAAAGAGGAAGUACUCGAGUGGGCAGCAGCGCCGACGCAGAAACUCCACCACGUCCAACAGCCAGGGCCCGUACGGCGGCGAGGAGUGCGUCGGUUACUACUGGGCCUACAACACCAUGCUCACCAAGGCCUGGAGGACAGGCGUGCUGGGGGACGAGAGGCUGGCCGACCGCCUGCUCAGGGACUUCUCCGACUUCUGCACCAACAAGGACAACAGACUGCUCCACCUGUGGGACGGCUGCCAGGAGAAAAUGAAUGCCAGUGCUCCCUGACGGGAGGAGAGACGACCGCAGGACAACAAAACGUAGACCGUGGAAAAUCUUUUUAGUCUUUAUUUAUCCAGCUCAAUUUUGGACUCCGAGUUUCACACGGAGCCGUGACAGACCUGCUGCUCCAAUGAUGAGAAUCAAGUCUUUGGCCGUUUUCCAGUAUUAAAUGUUUGAUUCUCUUGACACUUUAAAUAUCAUAUUCAUGCCUUAAGAGCAGAGAUUCUGCUGAAAUGAUGUGUUCUGUUAAUUCUUUGUUUAUUUUCACACUGUAACUAACAGACACUUUUUUUUUUUUUUUUGAACCAGUGAAACCAGGAGCUCUGCUGCCCUGUUUAGCACCAGACACUUUUAGACUUCCACUAAGUUUCAUUGACACCCUCCACCUGUCGAAACCUCCAAUAAACAAGCACCUCCUGUCAAUUUCAGCCAGUAGAGUCACGAGCAGUGCUCUAAUGGGGAGAAACUGGAUUGGUUUGACAAAGCAGAUCUGAGUAGAUUGUUGAAAAUCACCAGUUGUGUCACUGAUGAAACAAUUCAUUUUCUAUGAAGAGAAAAACUAAGAGAAGUCUACUCCGGAUGCAUCCAAAGUCCAUAACCAUCCAAAUCUGAUCUGAUCAGGUUCUUCACUGAUUACAUGAGUAUAGGUAACGCCCCCUAAACACCAUAUAAGGACAGGUGUUGUGCCCUGUGCAGAUACUCUGAGAAAUGGAGAGAUGCCACCACCAAUGUGCUGUGAGAAGAAGUUCAGUAGCGAAGUCGAGGUUCUGUGAAACAAACUUAAAGUAAAUGUGUGAUUUUCAGUACUGACGUUACAUGAAAAUCUAAGAGCAGUAUUUAAGCCAUUCAGAAGCUUAACUCCCCCAUUAUCCGAGGUUUUUAUAGUCAAUAAUGGGAUUAACGGAUCAAUACUAUUUUUUUAAUAAUCCUAUAAUUACUCUAAAACAUAUAAUAAUCUAAAUUUGUUUAUUAGAUGUUCAAGCAUUUCUUCAGUGAGCUUCAAAUUCCAAAUUUACGUUUCCUUGUGCUGGAUAAACGAGACUUUUUUUUUUACUAUUUUGGUAAGAGAGCUCGUAAAAUGUUCUCUUACCAAAGAGAAGGGUAAAGAUAAGAAAACAUUGGUGAAUCCCAGAAAAGAAUGGGUACUAAUAAAAAUAAAUCGUGGAUAUGAACAAAAAUAAGAGUAAUGUGUUUUUUAAUGUCCCAGCAGACUGCUGACUCAUCAUCUCUUUUGAUGACCCUAACAGACAAUCUCACCACAAGAUCAUUUUAAGAUCACGUCUUCCUCAACAGAACAAGUUGGCCCGGUUGUCAAGGAAAUGCAAAUUUCCCAGUUUUCUUAACUUCUCGUCCAUGUUUGCUCACAAUCAUUUUUCACAUAUUUCUUCUGAAAUAUGCCUCAGUGUGAGUUUGUUUUCAGGUCACUAAAACAUGUCACUGACCUCACAACAUAUGCCCAAACCCAUGUUUUGUCCAUAACUCAAGAAUUUAUAUGCCAAUUUCACGAACAGAAUCACAAAGUUAUAGC